AUGUCGAAGAAACCGCUGUCUCGAACCAAAACUAAUGGGAAUACAAAUGCUAAAGGACCAGAACUGCCUCAAGUUCAGAAGAAAGCGCCGUUAUCGUAAGUUUUUGUUGUUCUUAACAAACAUUGUGCCAACUUUUGACCUAGCAAAAAAAGACUAUGAUUUUAAAUUUCAGGUUUUUGAUUGUGCGGCCUGCGGAUGUUAAUGCGCAGGUUGCGGCAACCAAUUCAUUUUUUUUUGUUUUUGAGCUUUGAAUCGAAAAGAUGUAUGCCAAAUUUUUUAUACACAAAAAAAAUUAAAUUAAAAAAAAUUUUCAGGCGUCGCAGAACGGGAGGUUCUAUAUCUCUGCCCGAUGGUUUAGCUCCAGGAUUAGCUGAAAAAGCGGCCAAACACCCGGAAUUGGCGGCCAAGUUGAUCGCGAUGAGUGGAUUCGCUAAAACAUUGAUGAAAAAGAAUGUUGACGGAUUGAAAUUGGAGUUUCUCAAGUUGCGGAACACGAAAAUCGCGUCCACUCAAAGCGCGUUUAUGGCUAACCAAGGAAAGUGUCGCUACAAAGGUAAAGUUGUCAAAAGUAUUAAAUUUACGUUAUUAUUUUAUAGUUUUUGACAAAGCUUGUUGCAAAAGUAGGUUACAUAUAAGUUAUUAUAAGUAUAGAUUGAGAUGAAUAAAGGAUACCAGACCAACGCGGGCCCUAGGAUAUUGUUAUUAAGGUUAUUGUAAGAAAUUUGAACAGGCUGAUUACGCUUUGCUAAUUAAAAUGUCAUUUCAGACGUGGGUUGCGCCGACAAAACCAGAGUAGUGCUAAAAAACACAAAAUGUGAUUUUAUUCACGCAAACUACAUUAAGCACGACGUAAUGGUGAACACGUUUAUUGCAUGUCAAGUAAGUUCCUAAUCUUUUCUUUUAUAACUUGCAAUUUCUAAUAUUACACUUUGAACUUUUUCAACGCAUGAGAGGGCAGGGAAAAAUAGGGCAAGGUAGGGCUAAACUGGGCAUGGAAAAGUGCUUAAGGGUGGUCAAUUUUUUGGGCUGACUUAAUCCGACAGUUGACCUAUUCACCCUCUCAAUUACAUUGUUAUUUUUUAAAUUUUUUAUUUUUGCAGGGGCCCUUGAAAGUUACUGUAAUAGACUUUUGGACCAUGGCAUGGCAGGAGAAUUGUUAUCACAUUUUUAUGUUGUGCAAGUUUGUGGAGAUCAAAAAGCAAAAAUGUUAUCCAUAUUACCCUGUCAAAGUCAACCAAACCCUCGUAGCCGGCCCAUUCAGCAUUAAAAGCGUGGAAGCGUCGUCGGAUUCCAACCUGAACUAUACGAAACUUGUUGUCACUCGUGGCGAUGAACAACGCACUUUUGAGCAUCGUCAAUGGGCUUCAUGGCCGGACAGAUUCAUUCCACAGACGGUUGAGCCUGCGUUCAAAUUGUUGGAGCUGGCAAGAAGUCAACCCAAAAAUCCGACAAUCGUUCAUUGUUCGGCGGGAAUAGGCAGGACUGGUACAUUGGUACUCUUGGAGUGUUUGUACAGAAGUUUGGAGUUGGGAAUCGAACCAAUUGUGUCAAAUGUCUUUUUGAACAUUAGGCAUCAACGACUUCAAGCAGUUCAAACAGAAGAUCAGUUCAUCUACGUUCACUACGCGAUUCUACAGAAGAUUGUAAAUUCUGGAGUAUUGACGCACGAAGCUUCAAGAAGUAAGGUUUCUGUUAAAGUCAAGUUAAAAACAACAUUCCUGAUUGACUUUUUUUUAAUUUUUUGAAAACGUAAGUAUGAUUACGAUGUAUCCUUUGAAUGUAACUAUUUUUUACUUGACAUGUCCUUUUAACAUUAAUAUUUAAAAUUUCAGCGUUCAUGGCAAGCUACGAUCGUUACAUGUCAAAGAUUGGAGCGCCGUUACCUGCGCUGUUACCGGAGUAUAACGACACAACUACAGAUCGUCUGACUACAAAGAAACGGGGUUCUAUUGUGCAGAAAGAAAAGAAAGAGGACAGAAGACAAGAAGAAGCUAAGCCUAUAUUCAAAGGAAGCAAAGAGCACAGUCAAGGCGCAGAUGCUGACAGAAGGGGUGCAGAACACAAAGAUCGUACAGAAAAGUUUGUUGUACCAGACCGGAUGGUGGAGAAAAACAUCGUUACGAAUCGUGUCGUUCUAGCUGAAGCUCAACCUCGUGAGGUUGAAGAAUACACGACUACUGACCGACCUAGCCCUCCUGAUAAUGCACCUACUCGUGUUUUGGAAACAGAUGGAAAUAUCCACAAGCCUGGAAUCUAUUUCAAAACAUCAACAGACGUUUCGGAUGAUAAUCACCAAGGAAAAGAGGAAGCCAAAUUGUCAAAAGAGCAUGUUACAUCGAGCACUGGCGUCGAGAAGAAUGCGUCAUCAAGCAGCAUCAGAGAGAGUCAUGAAGCCAAAAUAAGGAACUUGCUUGAAAAAAAGCCACCAACGUUGCCAUUGAGUAGGUUUAUGCUGCACACUUAACAAAUAAUAGGUCUUUAGUACGAUAUACAAAUCUUUUUGCCCUUUAAAAUGAAUAAUUUGUUUAAUUUUGAUAGUUUUAUGUUGUUAAUUAAAACUUUUAGGUCCGAAAAACAGAUCUAGUCGUUCUACCUCCGACUCGGCAGAAGAUGCUGGUUCAGUUUACUUGACCACCGAAAUGAACAGAAACUCAAUGAAGUACAUGAAAAGUUCAAAACAUCAGAAACCGAAUGGUCGGAGAUAA